UUUAAUAAAUUAAACUGAUACGUGUAAAUAUUAUUCGAAAUCCGCCAUACGUAUGCAUUUCACAUACGGACGCGACAACUCUGACAAGAAUACCCAUGACAUAAUUCACGAGUCGGUCGUACAACAACCACCUGCUUCACCAUGGACGAGACCGUGAUGCUUCUGCUACUCGUGUUCGUUAUGCUCUUCGGUUCCUUCCUGGCCGGUUCCAUUCCCUUGUUCUUGAGCUUCUCCGAGGAUAAGUUGAAGAAGAUCACUGUGUUCGGUGCUGGUUUGUUGGUGGGCACUGCGUUGGCAGUUAUAAUUCCGGAGGGCGUGAGGCCCCUUUUGACCGAAACGGCACAGGCCCACAAUGAAUCUGCCACGGCGGAACACACCGAUCCGUUUUCAGUUAUUGGACUCAGUUUGGUGCUCGGGUUUGUUUUCAUGUUGUGCAUUGAUCAGUGUUCACAAUCGAGAAAUGAGAACCUGAACCCCAGCGAGAGGAACAUAACGGCAACGAUCGGCCUGGUGGUGCACGCAGCUGCUGAUGGCAUAGCAUUGGGUGCAGCCGCCACCACCAGUCAUGCCGACGUUGAAAUCAUCGUUUUCCUGGCAAUCAUGUUGCACAAAGCCCCCGCCGCCUUCGGACUCGUCACCUUCCUUCUGCACGAAGGAAUUGAACGGCAGAGAAUCAGGAAGCAUUUACUGAUUUUCUCGUUGGCCGCCCCAAUUGGAACAAUAGUGACGUAUUUUGGAAUCGGACAAAGCACAAAGGAGACCUUAACGUCCGUAAACGCAACAGGUAUAGCUAUGCUAUUUUCGGCGGGAACGUUCUUGUACGUGGCCACCGUCCACGUAUUGGCGGACCUGACGUCACACGGCGGCCACAGCCACUCGUCGUACACCAGAUUGCCGGGCAACGAGAGCCCCAAGGCGGCGCCGCACGCCCUGAGCGGCUGCCAGUUGCUGUGUCUGGUUUUGGGCUGCAUGACGCCGAUGCUCCUCACCCUAGGUCACCACCAUUGAUGGGCGCCGGCUAGUUUUUAUUAAUCGGGGGGGAUGUUUCUGUUACAGGUCGCGGACGACGCGAGGACGGAUGAUGGACGGUUGUAAUUUGUAUAUUAUGGAUUUAAAUAGUGUUUGUAAGUAGUGCCAAGAUGUAUAAAACAAAUGAGACUUAUUUGAUGUUGUUUUGUUGGCUUUAUUAUACGUACGUUGUAACUUUU